AAAACCAAAACCCUUAGUCGUUUCCUAGCAUCAUCCAUGAAAACCCCAGCAGAAGGCGCUAGUGAAAAAGACAUGGAAGAACAUUCAACGGAACUCCGCCAAGAUGAUGCCGACGCCGGCUUCAGUCCCUCCAUCGACAUUUGCCAGCAGCUCCUCCACCGUUAUGUCAAGUCAUCUUCACCGCAGCAUCGUCAUCUAUGCGCCAUCGCCGCCGCCACUCGUUCUAUACUCAACUCUGACUCUCUACCUCUUAGUCCUAUCUCUUACUUCGCAGCAUCCAUAUCGACUCUCUCCUCCUCCGAAGCACUUGAUUCAGACGCCAUUACUGCCCUUACAUCGUUCCUAGCUAUUGUGCUCCCGCUAGUUCCUACAGGGUCUUCAUCGAUUUCUCCUGAGAAGGCUAUCUCUGCCAUUGAUGUUCUUGUUGAGCUGGUGGAGAGGCAAGGGGAUGUCAUAUCAACUGCUAGUGCCAGGGCUGUUGUGAAAAGCUUAGGGCUUUUGCUGGAGUUCUGUGAUUUGGAAGAUUUGGUGCCUGUUAAACGUGGGUUUCGGAUUCUUCUGCGUUUCUCCCUCGACAAAAAGCCAAAGGUACGGAAAUAUGCACAAGAUUCAUUUGUUAAGGCGUUCAACUCCUUUGAAUCUCCCAUUGUUAAGAAGGAGGCAAGUAAAAUAGUACUCAAUGUUCUAAAGAGGUACAUGCCUUUGGCAGUGAAAUUAAGUGCUCAGAGAGUUUCAAACGGAGUUACAAAAGAGGUCUCAUCAAAACCUGAGCACCUUGAGGUUGUCCACAUGCUGAAUAUAGUGAAACAUGUUCUUCCACAUCUGACUGUCAAAUCCUGUCAAAAACUGCUACCUGGACUGAUUAGUUUGAUGACAUCUCACUAUUCAUUGUUGACAAGACACAUCUUCAGUCUUAUAGGAGCCGUUUUUGAAACAUGGAAAUCUGAGUCUAUAAUUCCAGAGACUGAGAGCAUUAUAAAAGCCAUGACAUCAUAUAUAUCAUUAGGGCGAAAAAAUCCGGUUGAUACUAUUGUGUCUGCAGCAAACUUGUUGAAAAAUGCUCAUAGAAAGCUUAAAUUCGAUGAAGCAAUGGACAAACUCCCUUUAGUAUUUAGUUCUAUAGCAGGUCUUCUGACCUCUGAGGCUACUGCUUCACAGGCCUCAAGUAUCUUGAGAGAGAUCAUUGUCUGUGAGCUGGAUGGAAGAGAUCUUUUUACAUUGGAUAAUAGUUCAUCUGAUGAUUUACUUGAUCAAGGGAAUGAAACAACUGUAGUAAAAUCUACAUGCGUUCUUUUGGAGAAUUUGCUGGAUCGUGGGAUUCUAAGUGAACAUGUUUUGACAGUCAUAUCGGCUUUAUUUACCAAAUUAGGUGCUUCAUCAUACCUGUACCUGAGGGAUAUAAUACUCAAACUUGCUGCUGCAACCCUCACCUUACAAGAUAAGUCCAAACUAAAACAUCUUCACGAAUGUAUUGGAUCUGCUGUUAUUGCAAUGGGGCCAGAGAAGAUGCUUACUCUUCUUCCUAUUUCCUACAACCUAGAAGAUCACAGUUAUUCAAAUGUGUGGAUGAUUUCAAUUUUAAAGAAUUAUGUUGUUGGUUCAUCCCUAGGGUUCUUUAUGGAGCAUAUUAUGCCUAUUGCCAAGUCUUUUCAGCAAGCUUCUUCUAAAGUAAAAGAGUCAGCAGUUCGUGAAGAUCUGCAGGCUUAUGCUCAUAGUUGCUGGGCUUUAUUGCCCUCCUUCUGUCGCUACCCCACGGACAUAUGUCAAAACUUUGAAUGUUUGACAAAAAUUCUGAAAUCCAUCCUCGCAAAGGAUUCAAUGAUGGUUGAGAACAUUGCUUUGGCUUUGAAGGAACUCGUAUAUAGCAAUGUAAAUGUGCUGAGAUCUUCUGCAAAACACAACGAGUUUGCAAUGCUUCCAGAGGUUAGCAACAAUGACUAUAUUUCAAUAGCUACAAUAAACAGAAGGCCCCCUUACACUAAGAAGACAGCGACAAGAAACAUCAAGACAUUAGAGUUGUACUCAAAAGAGUUGCUUGAGAUCUUGACAAAUGUAUUCCUAGAUUCAUAUUCUGAGAAGCGUCCAUAUUUAAAGGAUGCAAUUAGAUGCUUGGCAACUAUCAGUGAUACUUCUGUAAGGGAAAUGAUAUUGAAGUCAUCGUUGGACAAAUGUCAGAUAAUAAGUACUUCAGAUGUAAAUGGAGAGUCAGAGAAGCAAAUGGAUGUUCCAUCUACUAAUGAAGACAAAAGUUUGUCGUUGAAGGAAAAAGGCUUGAAGAGGUGCCUAAUACUGGAGCUCGCAUACUUACUUGUUGAUGGAGCAAGUGAGGAGAUGGUUCCAUUGUUUCUUAGGAUUGUAAAGAAUGCUCUAGAGGGAAGCGAUGGAUUUGCUGAAAGUGAAGCCUACUUGACCUUGAGCUGUAUUUUAGAGGAACAUUCUUCGGCCAUUUCUUCCCAUGAUGUUGAACUUCUGGAUCUUGUGCUUAAGAUGAAGCCACCAACUAAUAUCACGUCUCGCAAAAGACGUUUUUCUUGCUUGAAGAUAUUUUUUGUUCAUGAAAUCAAGAAAACUCUGGAUGAGGAAAACACAAAGGCUUUCCUAAUUCUAAACGAAAUUAUAUCCGCUAUAAAAGAUUCUACAGAAGAAGCUAGGGAGGCUGCUUACAGUAUAUUACUUGAAAUAGAUGCCAGCUUACGGGAUUCUUCAUCUGCUAUUUCUGAUGGACAUCAUGAGAAAUUUGUCAACAUGAUAAUGGGAUACCUUUCGGGUUCCUCACCCCACAUAAGAAGUGGGGUAGUUUCAGCAUUAUCAAUCUUAGUAUACAACAAUGCCGCAAUAACCCAUUCUAUAGAAGAUCUUGUACCAUCCGUUCUGGCAUUGUUGGAAAAUAAAGCUAUUGAAGUUGUAAAAGCUGUCCUAGGCUUUGUCAAAGUUGUAGUUUCAUGCCAUGAAGUGAAAGACAUACAAAAGUUUCUUCCUGAAAUUCUCAAAGGAGUUCUACCUUGGUCUUCUGUGUCGAAACAUCACUUCAAAUCCAAGGUUGCACUUAUCUUAGAGAUCUUAAUACGUAAAUGUGGCAUUCCAAUGGUUCAGUCUCUUACACCUGAGAAAUUUAGGAAUUUCAUCAAGACUGUUUCUGAGAAUCGACGGAGAAAGGAGGGUACAAAGGAAACCGGCUCUUUCAAUUUGCCACAACCAAGUGUUCCAGAAUCCUCGUUCAGGCAACGAAAGAGGAAACAGGUCGACUCGGGCAAUCAGGGAGAUAAUAACCAGAUGGAAUCUAGAAAGAAAAAAUGGGGGUCUGAGAAACCGAAAGGACCUAUCAAGAGAAACAAUCACGUUAAUGGUAAUAAUAAUAGUAACCGUGGGAAACAGCCUGGGGCAAGUCAAGCAAGAGAUUCAAAGAGGAAAAUGGUGGAUAGAAAGAAUGGUGAUUUCGGUAGACAAACAAAGCGAAAAACAUCAUCAGGUAGAGACUGAAAACAGCUAGCCUGCAAGAGGGGGUCGUGAUGUUGGGAUUUGGGCUCAAAGUAAGGGUUGGAGCCUCCAACCGAUAAGCAAAAGUCCUCAAUUUUGUUAGAUUGAAAAUGUAUUUUAUUAUUCUACAGCACAGCACAUGAGUAACACAAAUUUUGGAACAUGUUAAUUGAAUUGAUGAUCUCAAAAACCCUUUACCAUUAGUAAUCUUAUGGAGAUUGAUUUUCAGUA